AAAUGGAAGUAUAUUUGUAAAGUGUAUAGAUGGAAAAGUGUCUUGGUGAAGAGUUCAUUGGCGACGUGACGACGAAAUCAUUAUUUAUUUGGCGUCUGCGAAAUUGGCCGCGUUUUUUAUUUCGCGUCUAUGAAGAAUUUGCUUGUAAUAAUUGCAACUUUUAUUUAAGAAUACAUAAGUAAAUUAUCUCUCGAUUAAAGGCCAGUACAAAGAACUGGCGGGAAGAGUAAGCACCUGAAGCAACUGAACCCGGCAGUGUCCGCUGAAAAGGUGAAAGGGACUUUACGAGACGUUAGGCAGUGUCUGCAACGAAUUGAAAAAGAGUCCUCUUUUCGUACGCAUUAUUACCACAGGUAUGCGCAAGAACUAGGCUAUAUGCGGGCCGCAGAGGCGAUUACAAAACUGAUUGACCAUAACAGAAGACUAACGGAAAUGAUACGCGGCGAGAUGGAGGGAUUCUGUGGGUUCGAGGAACGGGUCGUGGUGGGUGAAGCUAAAUACUGUAUGAAUGGGAUAUCAGCAUGUCUGAGUAUGGUUAAAACGGAUAGGACUGACGCGACUAAUACGCGAAGGGCUGAGAGAGCCCCAAGUGUCGAGAAGUGCAUGCUGAUGGUCGAUGACGACCAUGACGGCCCAUCGCCAUCAGCCCAAGUGUCGAGAGUCCGGCCGGUGUUGAAAAUAGAGCAAGGAUAUCAACAUAACGUCCUUCUAAGUCGAGUCAUGCCUCCGCUCCGCGCCUUCCAGAAUGAAGCAAUAAUCGCUAUAUUCCAAAGAACACAUACCGAGUAUGAAAGUAAAAAAAUAAAUCGCGUAUCAAAUAAAUGAACUUUAGAAUCGAAAAGAAAAUUUUGAAAUAAAACGGAAAGUUGAUAACACGCCCGUGUAUCUUAAGUACGUAAAAAUGAAAUGAUUACGCAUACAGUGAAACGAAAUGCUACCGCAUCGAUCCAGUAAUUUUCACAAAUCAAAGAAUUCGCCAAUCAGUUCGUUUCAUUGGCUGACUUACGAUAAAUAAUAGACAGAUAGCAAUUUCCUGUACAAUUUGAUCCGACAUUGCGGCGCCAACAUGGAACUAAACCAUCUCGCUCUGCUAUUCGCGCUUUCAACUUUGGUGAAUUUAUGGCUCCAAUGUGUGGGUCAACACGAAAGUAUUCCUUACGAAAAUGUAGAAAAUAUUUGCGAAACUUGUAUAUGCCGACAAGCUCACGGUACUGGGAAUAAUAGACAAUUUUACGAUAUCCUUAAUUGCACGAUGAAAGGCUUUAAACAUAUUCUGGCCAGGUGGCCUGUACAAUUUGGUAAUACCUCAAGAGGGGAUCCCGUGAUAAUAGUGGCGAGUUUCUCAGGUAACACCAUUGACGUAUUACAGCAGCUACCUUCAACGAACGCUACGUUAUAUUUUUCUUGCCGACACUGCGGUAUUAAACGUUUGCAAGUUCCUACUUUUAUGGACGUGCCAAAUAUAAACACUUUGGACUUGGCUUGGAACGAAAUUGAAAGCGACGAACUAGUACCAGACGUAUUUCGGGGGCCCUAUCAUACUAAAAAUUACGAACCGAUAGCUUUAUACGAAUUGGACUUAAGUCAUAACAAAUUGCAAUCGUUGGAUCGUCACAUCUUUGAACAUACCCCCAACCUGACGCGAUUGAAUUUGAGUUUUAAUCCAUACAAAGUGUUAGAUAUUCCUACCAGUUUAGCUUUAGCUUCGGCUACUACUUUACAGUCUCUGGAUCUCUCUUAUGCGGGUAUUAAAACCAUACCAAAUCUGGUUUUUGAAAAUCUCACAUCUCUAAAGUAUUUGAAUUUGGCCGGCAAUGAAUUCACCCGUUUACCGGACAGUUUUUAUUUAAUUGGCCGUAGUUUGCUCUACUUGAAUUUGGCCAACAAUCUGUUCAGUAAUUUCAAUGAGGAAAGCUUUCUGGGCUUGAAGGUUUUAACGCAUCUCAAUAUCAGUUACAUGCCGGUUUUAAAAAGUAUUGAAAAUAAUACUUUCUCACGCCUGGAGACUUUAACUUAUUUGGAAUGCUCUCACAAUCCGAAUUUGAAAAAAUUCGAUUUGGAUAGUUUGAUGCAUUGCGGAAAUUUAACUUACUUGGAUUUGUCCUUUUGUAACAUAAAUACACUUGCCCUCAAUAUGGAUCUAUCAGCUUUAGAGCCCAAUAAUAAAAACUACGAUGUCUCACCGAAGCCAUGGAUUGAGUUAAAAGUUUUCAACAUUAAAGGGAAUCACUGGAUGUGCGAUUGCGAAUUAUUUCAAACGUUGGAAUAUAUAAUCGGAAAGGAUUAUCAGGAUGUCGUUGACCAGGAUGUACGUUGUGAAGCUCCAUAUUUAUUAUCGGGCGCCAGAUUGUCAAAUUUGACGUCCGCGCAAAUAUGUGCGCUACAGAUACCGAAAAAAUAUCGUGUUGUCGACGAAGAUCCGCCGCGUUUUCGUAGAAAACGUUAUAUUAUUUUAACUGUUGUCACCGCCACCGUUGUAGUGAUUCUAGGUUUAAUUAUAGGUUUUAUUGUCGUAUGCAUACGAAGACGUUUAAAGCGUGAAGAUUUCGGCGUUGAACCGAUACGUUACACCAGCGUACGCAGCAGCAAUUUGUCAGCAUUUUCGCACGGCCACGCCAAUACUAAUAAUGGAAUUUAGUUAUGGGUUUCUUAUGUUUUUUUUAAUUAAAUUUUUCAGUAUUUAAUUUGUUCCAUCGCCUAUGUAAUUGUGUAUACAGAUGUCUUCUUCUUCUAUAUAUAUGUAGGUUAGGCAAAUAUCACAAAUUUCAGACCAAAGACUAUUAUGUUAAAAAUGUAGAUUUUCCUAAACCUAUACAUAUACGAAAAGCAUGUAAUAUAAAUAAGACUUAAGAUUUAUUCUAAGAAUCCAUUGCCAUUAUUGUCUUCAAGGUACUUAAUCUUUCUUCAGUUUACUAGAUGUAAGAAAAAACCUUUUGAAAUUACAUUUUUUUUUUUUUUUUU